AUGAUCAGUUCUCAACACAAAGCUUCUGGACUUCGAGAUCCAGUCCCUCAACCUACGGCAAAGAUCGCUUCGGACAGUGAUGGAUCCUCGCGUCUAUCCUCGCCCGGGGGAACCGCUCCGCGUUUCCCUGCUGGUGAGCAUGAAUGGGAGGCACUACGGCCGGUUAUCGAAGAGCUUUAUGUUACAAGGAACCUCCCACUCCGGGGCGUAGUACAUCAUAUCAGGACAGAAUAUGGCUUCAAAGCUAGGCACGUCAUGCGCACACCCGCAUUUGAGCGAAUGUAUAAGACCCGACUCACUCGAUGGGGCAUGAGAAAGUCAAGCGAAGCCAAGGCGGUGCAGAGCACGAGACUGGGGAGACAAGUCGCAAGGCAGAUCGGCGGAGGCUCGCGCUCUUCCACCCCUGGCUCAAUCGCAAUCUACGCUCCGAGCACGCGCUUGUUGAUGCAUGAGAGUCGGACUGCAUCCUACCUGGAUGCGGCUCUGCGGGGCUUUCGCAGCUUCAAUGUGUCCUGGGCCGAGACGGAUCCGCGUUGGCGCGAGAUAUCCCGGUACAAGUCGGACUCCCUCUCUGUCCAGCAGUUCCCACUGAAGGACAACCUUCGCAUGGCCACGAGCUACCUCGAGUCCGGCGACUACCCGGCCGGGGGCAGAUUCCUGCGGCUUGCAUUCCUGGCCAUCGAGGAGGUUCUCAUGGACGAUCACAUCUCAAGUGCCACGGAUCUAUUUGUGGCAUGCCCGCUCAUGAUUUUUAAGUUGCAGCAACCUCUGCGGGACGAGAUUAUCAAAGCAUAUAGCAAAUAUCUAUAUCAACAGUCAUCAAUUAUUAGAAAGGCCCACCCCAUUGCCGCAGUUGCACGCAGCCUGCAUGAAGCAGCGUCAGUCGGCGGCAUGCAACGAGUGAUUUCGGUUAUAUCAAAACUAGUUCGACUUCAAUAUGACACAUACGUUCGCCUACGGGGCCUCGACGUUGCUUCGGCGAACAAGCUCUCGGUUUAUGCCCAUGGGGUCCAGGAUAGAGAUCUACAACUCCAGUCCAUGGGCAACUUCAUGACAAUAGCACGCCAGGCCUCAGCGGAGCUUGGCGAGGACAAUAUCGACGCUCGAGUGCUCUGGGGGGUCGCUUUGACGCUCCGGGCAGAUCUCGAGUUAUUCGACGACACAUUCCGGAAGGCAGCCGAGAGAUUAUGUACAACAUGUGCAAAAAUGUACAAGUGCUAUCGCGAGAAGCCUCCGGAGAUAUGGGUCUACGACUACUAUGAAAACUGGAUCUACCGAAGCGGUCACUUCUUGCUCAUGAAAUACUGGCUUGCCAAGGGCGGGCUGGACCAAGUGAUUGAGCAUAGCCGAGCGGCCGUCCAACUGAAUGGCGCUCCGGACGGGGUAUGGAAGAUGUUUGCCGCGGCUGUGGAGAAGCUGUUGAGGGCUCGUGGCCUUUUAGGUGAGGCAGAUCGACUGGCAGAGCGACGUAGAGAGCUCGACAUGACACCCGAAGUCCGAGAGGCUUUGGAAAAGAAGGAGGCAUCAGAACUAUCGGUCAUCGCGAACCAAAGGACCAGCAUUAAGGAGGAGAAAGGAACGGAUGAGGAGGAUACGGACGAUGAAGACGCGUUUAAGACAGUGUCUGUCUGA